GUCACCAUUUAAGAUUCUUCCCAUUAACUUUCAAGUGUCUCUUCCUUCUUCUAAUAACAAUGGCGUCAAUGCCAUUGUACUGGCAACCACCACCAGCUACGGAGGUUCCACAACAUUCCUCCUCCGGCAACACCACCAUUGGUCCUUUUAUUGCCGUCUUUAUCAUCGUCAUUGUUCUAUGUGUUCUUGCUAGCGUUAUUGGUCGGCUUUGCUCCGGCAAAACCAUCUUAGGGUAUGGAGAUUACGAUAUGGAGAGAUGGGCUGAGAGUAGAUGUGGUUCUUGUAUCGACGGUCAUAUCAUUCCUCACCACCGGCCAUCACCGUCACCUCCUCCUCCUCGGCAGCCUUUGCACCAUACUUCCUCCGGUGUCUCUGUUGAAUCUGAAGGACACGUGGCGGAUCUUGAUGAGACUGAUGGAGAGAAACAAGACUCUUUAGACCAUGAGCCUCCAUCACAAACACAUACACCAUCCUCAGCUCAUUCUUGAUUUUAGUUUCUUCUCUCUUUUUGAUUCUUUUUUUCUUUUCGUGUUGGUUAAAAAUUUAGCCAAUGUAAUUGAAAAUUUCACGAGUUCAAUCCCA